AUGGCCGAAGCGACUUCCAAGGAGGAUAAAGAUGCCCUCGAUACCCUCGAGCUCGAGGCCAAGGAGUUUGACAAGGACGCCGAAAUCGAUCGCAUCCUCAACGCAUUCCGCCUCGAUGCCUAUGCCGUCCUCGACCUCCAGCCCGGCGUCCCCGAGUCCGACAUCAAAAUGACGUACCGCAAAAAGUCCCUCCUGAUCCACCCGGACAAGACCAAGAACCCGCGCGCCCCCGACGCCUUUGACCGGCUGAAGAAGGCCCAGACGGAGCUCAUGGACGAGAAGCACCGCGAGCGCCUCGACGAGGCCAUCGCCGACGCGCGCAUGCUGCUCAUCCGCGAGAACAAGUGGACCGUCGACAGCCCCGAGCUCAAGACGGAGGACUUCGCCAAGAAGUGGCGCGCCAAGACGAGGGAGGUGCUCAUCGACAACGAGCACCGCCGGCGGCGCCAGAUGAAGGCCCAGCUGCAGGAGGAGGGCCGCGAGCAGCGCAGGCAGGACGAGGAGCUGGAGGAGCGCAAGCGCAAGAGGCAGCACGAGCAGGAUUGGGAGGCGACGCGGGAUGUGCGCAUCAACAGCUGGCGGCAGUUUCAGAAGGGCAAGUCCGGCGGCGGGGAUCCGGAGAAGAGGAAGAAGAAGAAGCUUAAGCCUAUCGGUUGA